AUGUCUUCAUAUGCAUUCCGCUUUGCUCGAAAUUCUCCAGCAGUGGCGGCAAUCGUGACCUCGUCAUGGUCUUUCUCUUCCUCUUCCAAAUGUGAUGAUGCUCCUGUUGCCGAGGAAAAAAUAACUACCGGUUUGCCUUACACUGGAAUGAAACUUGAUUCCAAGGGAGAUUUUCACAAUCUUUUUCCAAGACGGCAACUCUGGCAACCAAAACAAGAGUAUCCGUGGUGGGACAAGGAUUGGGAUGGCUUGAAUCCAGCACGUAGUGGGGAUGACGAAGAAGACCGAAAGAAAAUGAGAAAAUUGCGCAAGGAGGGAGUUACACGGCACAUUAUACUGGUGCGACAUGGACAGUACGACGAGUCAGAACAAGAUGAUUCUAAGCGAAUUCUUACCGAAGUUGGACGGCAACAAGCUGACUAUACUGGAAAACGAUUGAAGGAAAUGCUUGACGGUGUCAACGAAAAGUUCGGGCCCUGCAACAUCAAAGUGGUCCGUGUUUCCAACAUGGCUCGUGCCAAAGAAACUGCCGACAUCAUUGCUUCGCAUUUGCCAGGUGUCGAACGAUCCCUACCGGAUCCCGAACUCAAUGAAGGUCGCCCCGCACACAAUGUGCCAGGUGGCAAAGCCUCCCCUUCAACCAUUAAGAAGACGGAUGAGAGCCAUCCUCGGAUUGAAAAGUCAUUUCAAAAGUACUUUUAUCGAGCAGAUCCACCGAAUGAAGAGGAAGAAGAAGGAGAUGCCGACAGACCAAAGCACGAGUUUGAAGUAAUUGUAUGUCAUGCUAACGUCAUUCGCUACUUCUUUUGCCGUGCUCUCCAAUUGCCACCCGAAGCCUGGCUUCGACUUUGCACAUUCAACUGCUCCUUAACAUACCUGACCAUUCGUCCGACAGGGACAGUCAGUGCAAGAAUGAUGGGGGAUGUGGGUCAUAUCCCGUAUGGUUUGACCACCUUCUCUGGGCAUCCUGGAUUCAAUUGGUAA